UGACUUUUUUGCAUCGCCUUUUGACGACAUUUUUGCACCACUUUCAACAAUCAAAAGUUUCAGUUGAACAUCUUUUUUCGCCCAGUCCAGGUCUUCCAUCUAAAUCUUUACCUUCUUAGUUUCUGUUGUUUUUACUUUUGUUUGUUAACCUACAACAAUUACAAUGGCCGACCUUAAGCCCGCAGAAGUUGAAAAAGCAAAAUUACAUUUCGGUAUCUACGAUUUUGAAGGAAUCAACAAAGUAGAUGCUGUAAGAUUAGGUGAUCUUAUUAGAUCUUUAGAUCUUCGACCCACCAACGCUGCCAUCGAGAAGGCCGGAGGAACCAAGAAGAAGGGUGAAAAAUUAUUGACUCUUGAAGAGUUCCUACCAAUUUACAGUGAGUUGAAGAAAAACAAAGAUGUUGGUGCCUAUGAGGAUUUGGUAGAGGGUCUUAAGGUUUACGAUAAAAAUGAAAAUGGAACCAUGAUGGAAGCUGAAAUGGCCCACACUCUCUUAUCUCUUGGUGAAAAGUUGGAAAACGCUGAAGUUGAAGAGAUCAUCAAGGCUUGUGGUGGUACUACUGAUGAAGAUGGUUAUAUGAAAUAUGAAACGUUCGUCAAGAAUAUCUUAGCAGGACCUUACCCUGAGGAAGCUGCUGCUCAAUAAACUUCUUGUACCUUUCUUACUUCAUUUUCUUCCUCAUCUUUUCUUUUUCUUCUUCUUCUGUCAGCCUCUUUUAAUUCAGGUUAAAAGAGCCUUUAAACCUUGCCAUUCAGAGUCCAUGUUUUAAUUGAAAUGCUGCCGAGAAUUCAUUGUACAAUCUGGAGAAAAGUUAAGCAAUGUUAAUGAAAAAUAUCACAUAAUAAAAGAUGUUCUAAAUGAACAAUAGCGCUUUAUUAA